AUGGGGCGAAUAACGGCAUUGGCACUUGUAGCAUCGGCAGCGGCUGCGCCUGCGCCGCAGUUUGGUCCAUGUCCGUGCCCUCCACCGCCGUGUCCGUGCGAGUCCCCCUGCCCCCCGCCGCCCUGUCAGCCCCCAUCACAAUGCCCUUGUGAUCCUUGCGGUCUACCACCCACCCAAUGCGGAGAUGGUCCCGUAAAGAUCCUGAUCCAGAAGAACUGCGUUCCUGAGCGCUUGAGAGCUGCUGGCUUCCAAGAGAUCCCAGUCCCUGGAGGCACAUUCUACAUCAGCCCAUCCCCAGACGUCAUCAUUCAGCCUCCACCAAUUCUGGUGCGUCCACCACAGCAGGCUCCGAUUACGCCUCCAGCAAUGACGGUGCAACCACCACCACUUCCACCUGUGACUCCAAGACCAAUUGUUGUUAGCCCACCCCCCCUUGCUCCUAUAACUCCACCCCCGGUACUCGCCAGACCCGCACCGUUGUGCCCAAUCCAACCACCACCAGUUGUGGUUAGAGUGCCAAAACCUGACCCGAUCCAACCAGCGCCAAUCAGCGUAACCCAACCACGCCCCGCACCUCUGACCCCGCCACAGAUCGUUGUAAGACAGCCAAGACCUCAAUACCUUCAGCCACCAACGAUCUGCGUUUCGACUACAUCGCUCUCAUCCCAGAGUAAUACUGGUUCUGGGGCAGGUGCUUCACAAGCAGGAGGUUCAUCAUUGAAUUCAAACGUACAGAAUCCUUGCGGCUGCCAAUCCCCUCCACCUAGCCCAUGUAAUUCACCUUGCCCUGUUUUAGUCCUGGGCACCGCCUUGGGUCAGCCAGUCCCGGAGACCGAGUCCCAGUUUCCAUGUGGCGAUCCCUGCGCGCCUCAGCCAUGUGAUCCUAGUGACCCAUGCAAUGGCGGUCCUGGCUCCAUCCAGAUUGGACCUUGCAACCCAUGCGAGCCUCCGAUCAAUUAUGUGUAUGGACAGGCACCGGCAGGUAAGAGUCUAGAUUAUUCUAGAAGUAUUGAACUUAUUAAAGAAGGUUCCAUCCUGAUCAGGCCAGGGCAAAUCAGGUUCCCAACACCACCUCCCAUCGUGGUGCGCCCAGGUCAGAUCCAAUUACCGCAGCCACCUCCGAUCUGGGUGAAACCUGCGCGCGUACAGCCCCCGACCCCUGACCCUAUUACUGUUAGGCCUCCACCAGUACAGCCGCCGACUCCGCCACCGUUCUACGUCCGUGUGCCACCGGUAACCCCACCAACUCCGCCCCCAAUUUGCGUGAGACCACCACCAGUUUGCGUGCAAAGACCACCACCGAUGAGGGUACAACCACCGCCAGUUCAACCACCAAUCCCAGAAGCUCUGGUCAUCCGCCCACCCAAGAUCAUUGUGCCAGCGCCACCCACCAUCUGCUUCAGGCCUAACCCACCACAGGCCUUCAGAACCCUUGGCUGUGGCAGCAUCUGCCGUUCGACCGGCCCGGUAGACCCUUGUCCCCCACCAGUACCUCAACCGUGCCCCUGUUCGUGCGACCCUCCAGCCCCUAACUCCUGCCCCUGCCAAAUGCAAGAAUCAUGCCCCCCGCCCCCAUGUUGCCUCUAA